AUUUCGCUCUCUCUGCAUUCCGUUGCUCAUAUCCCUCCCACAGCGGGUCCGGGUUAGGUCUCUGUAGCUCCACCUCCGAGGAACUGGCCUCGCCAGAAUAGUAGGCUACCGCCGAUUAGCUGGCCGCCCCCUCCCAAGGAAACACUGGCCAGAAGAGAGGCUCUGCCGCCGUUCAGCUCGUUGUUUAUUCGUCUGGGUUGGGUGUACUGCUGCCGCCAUGGCCGACGAAGGCAUGGAUGAACGGUCUCCGCUGCUCUCAGCACCGAACUCCGGGAAUGUCUCACCGUUGGAACCGCCGGCAUACCUGCAGGACACGAGUCCAAGAGCUGAACUCCCUCCCCCCUACACAGCCAUCGCCAGUCCCGACCCAGGGGGGGUACCCGUCAUCAACUGCCGGGUGUGUCAGUCUCUCAUUAACCUGGAUGGCAAGCUGCAGCAGCACGUGGUGAAGUGCACUGUGUGCAACGAGGCCACGCCCAUCAAAAACCCACCGACUGGGAAGAAGUAUGUACGCUGUCCCUGUAACUGCCUCCUCAUCUGCAAAGACUCAUCUAGGAGGAUAGGAUGCCCCAGACCCAACUGCAGACGCAUCAUCAACCUGAGCCCGGUGAUGGUGAUUCCAGAGGAGCAGCCGGCCCAGCCAGCCCUGCCAGUCCAGCCUGAGGGCACGAGGGUGGUCUGUGGCCACUGUGGAAACACCUUCCUCGGUAACGAGGACUCUGCCACGGCCCCUCCUGAUCUCCAUGACAACAGCACCUCCAAAGACCAGUGGAUGGAGCUCCGAUUUAACACGCUAGCAAAAUGCCCUCACUGCAAAAAAAUAUCGUCUGUGGGUAGUGCUCUUCCAAGGAGGCGUUGUUGUGCCUACAUCACUGUGGGAAUGAUCUGCAUCUUUAUCGGAGUGGGAUUAACAGUGGGGACUCAGGACUUUGCCAGUCGUUACCAUGCCACCUAUGUGUCCUGGGCGUUCUCCUAUCUCCUGGGUCUGAUCUGUCUGAUACGAGCUUGUUACUGGGGAGCCAUCAAAGUCAGCUAUCCAGAGAACAGCUUUUCCUAGACAGACAGACCAUCGAAGUCAGCUAUCCAGAGAACAGCUUUUCCUAGACCGACAGACCAUCGAAGUCAGCUGUCCAGAGAACAGCUUUUCCUAGACAGACAGACAGACGGACGGACGGACGGACGGACGGACAGAGACAGACCGUUGUACUGUGUUUCUCCCUUUUAGUUGUUUAUGUUGUUGUUAUUCAGAUGAAGACGGAGGUCAGUCCUGAUCCAGUCCUGAUCCAGUCCUGAUCCAGUCCUGAUCCAGUCCUGAUCCAGGAGAAAACAGAAAUCCAGCCCUGGUUUUUGUAAUUAACUCUGAAAAUUUUUAUUUUUUUUAAUGCAGAUCAGGAAUUGAGAUCUUUAUAAUUGUUUAAUUGGUUUGAUUUAUCAUAUAUAGUGAUGUAAUUAACAUUGAAACUGAUAAAUGACUUUGAUAAAUAUGCUGAUUUUAAUAGGAAGCCGGACAGCUGGGCCGUCUCUCUCCUGGACCAGGUAAACGAUUUGACUGACUGACAGACAUGGCGUUCCCAACCAGACCAAAUUAAAUUAACAACAAUUUUGACAAUUGCACUACAAUUAUAUUCAAUUAUUCUGUUCAGUUGCUGCUAGUUACCCCAGCUCCAAAAGCUGUCUCUCUCUAUCUCCAUACUGUAUGUAACCCGUAACGCCCUGCCGGUAUAAUACACAGUAUUGGUCCUUGAUGUUUAGUACUCUGAAAGGAUCCCCUUUUACAUCUUCCUCCUUAAAGCCGUGUGUGCCAACGUUGCUGCCCAAGUACAUUUCCCAAGUAUGUUUCAGUACGCCUUCACUAUACUGUUAUCAUGUCCUAGUGUUUCACUCUGCUUUACCUUCACUAUACUGUUAUCAUGUCCUAGUGUUUCACUCUGCCUUCACUAUACUGUUAUCAUGUCCUAGUGUUUCACUCUGCUUUACCUUCACUAUACUGUUAUCAUGUCCUAGUGUUUCACUCUGCUUUACCUUCACUAUACUGUUAUCAUGUCCUAGUGUUUCACUCUGCCUUCACUAUACUGUUAUCAUGUCCUAGUGUUUCACUCUGCCUUCACUAUACUGUUAUCAUGUCCUAGUGUUUCACUCUGCCUUACCUUCACUAUACUGUUAUCAUGUCCUAGUGUUUCACUCUGCCUUCACUAUACUGUUAUCAUGUCCUAGUGUUUCACUCUGCCUUUACCUUCACUAUACUGUUAUCAUGUCCUAGUGUUUCACUCUGCUUUACCUUCACUAUACUGUUAUCAUGUCCUAGUGUUUCACUCUGCCUUCACUAUACUGUUAUCAUGUCCUAGUGUUUCACUCUGCCUUCACUAUACUGUUAUCAUGUCCUAGUGUUUCACUCUGCCUUACCUUCACUAUACUGUUAUCAUGUCCUAGUGUUUCACUCUGCCUUCACUAUACUGUUAUCAUGUUCUAGUGUUUCACUCUGCUUUACCUUCACUAUACUGUUAUCAUGUCCUAGUGUUUCACUCUGCCUUCACUAUACUGUUAUCAUGUCCUAGUGUUUCACUCUGCCUUCACUAUACUGUUAUCAUGUCCUAGUGUUUCACUCUGCCUUCACUAUACUGUUAUCAUGUCCUAGUGUUUCACUCUGCCUUUACCUUCACUAUACUGUUUUCAUGUCCUAGUGUUUCACUCUGCUUUACCUUCACUAUACUGUUAUCAUGUCCUAGUGUUUCACUCUGCCUUCACUAUACUGUUAUCAUGUUCUAGUGUUUCACUCUGCUUUACCUUCACUAUACUGUUAUCAUGUCCUAGUGUUUCACUCUGCCUUCACUAUACUGUUAUCAUGUCCUAGUGUUUCACUCUGCCUUCACUAUACUGUUAUCAUGUCCUAGUGUUUCACUCUGCCUUCACUAUACUGUUAUCAUGUCCUAGUGUUUCACUCUGCCUUUACCUUCACUAUACUGUUAUCAUGUCCUAGUGUUUCACUAUGCUUUAUCUUCACUAUACUGUUAUCAUGUCCUAGUGUUUCACUCUGCCUUCACUAUACUGUUAUCAUGUCCUAGUGUUUCACUCUGCUUUACCUUCACUAUACUGUUAUCAUGUCCUAGUGUUUCACUCUGCCUUCACUAUACUGUUAUCAUGUCCUAGUGUUUCACUCUGCCUUCACUAUACUGUUAUCAUGUCCUAGUGUUUCACUCUGCCUUCACUAUACUGUUAUCAUGUCCUAGUGUUUCACUCUGCCUUUGCCUUCACUAUACUGUUAUCAUGUCCUAGUGUUUCACUCUGCCUUUACCUUCACUAUACUGUUAUCAUGUCCUAGUGUUUCACUAUGCUUUAUCUUCACUAUACUGUUAUCAUGUCCUAGUGUUUCACUCUGCCUUCACUAUACUGUUAUCAUGUCCUAGUGUUUCACUCUGCUUUACCUUCACUAUACUGUUAUCAUGUCCUAGUGUUUCACUCUGCCUUCACUAUACUGUUAUCAUGUCCUAGUGUUUCACUCUGCCUUCACUAUACUGUUAUCAUGUCCUAGUGUUUCACUCUGCCUUCACUAUACUGUUAUCAUGUCCUAGUGUUUCACUCUGCCUUUGCCUUCACUAUACUGUUAUCAUGUCCUAGUGUUUCACUCUGCCUUCACUAUACUGUUAUCAUGUCCUAGUGUUUCACUCUGCUUUACCUUCACUAUACUGUUAUCAUGUCCUAGUGUUUCACUCUGCCUUCACUAUACUGUUAUCAUGUCCUAGUGUUUCACUCUGCCUUCACUAUACUGUUAUCAUGUCCUAGUGUUUCACUCUGCCUUCACUAUACUGUUAUCAUGUCCUAGUGUUUCACUCUGCCUUUACCUUCACUAUACUGUUAUCAUGUCCUAGUGUUUCACUAUGCUUUAUCUUCACUAUACUGUUAUCAUGUCCUAGUGUUUCACUCUGCCUUCACUAUACUGUUAUCAUGUCCUAGUGUUUCACUAUGCUUUACCUUCACUAUACUGUUAUCAUGUCCUAGUGUUUCACUCUGCUUUACCUUCACUAUACUGUUAUCAUGUCCUAGUGUUUCACUCUGCCUUCACUAUACUGUUAUCAUGUCCUAGUGUUUCACUCUGCCUUUACCUUCACUAUACUGUUAUCAUGUCCUAGUGUUUCACUCUGCCUUCACUAUACUGUUAUCAUGUCCUAGUGUUUCACUCUGCUUUACCUUCACUAUACUGUUAUCAUGUCCUAGUGUUUCACUCUGCCUUCACUAUACUGUUAUCAUGUCCUAGUGUUUCACUCUGCUUUACCUUCACUAUACUGUUAUCAUGUCCUAGUGUUUCACUCUUCUUUACCUUCACUAUACUGUUAUCAUGUCCUAGUGUUUCACUCUGCCUUCACUAUACUGUUAUCAUGUCCUAGUGUUUCACUCUGCUUUACCUUCACUAUACUGUUAUCAUGUCCUAGUGUUUCACUAUGCUUUACCUUCACUAUACUGUUAUCAUGUCCUAGUGUUUCACUAUGCUUUACCUUCACUAUACUGUUAUCAUGUCCUAGUGUUUCACUCUGCCUUCACUAUACUGUUAUCGUGUCCUAGUGUUUCACUCUGCCUUUGCCUUCACUAUACUGUUAUCAUGUCCUAGUGUUUCACUCUGCCUUCACUAUACUGUUAUCAUGUCCUAAUGUUUCACUCUGCCUUCACUAUACUGUUAUCAUGUCCUAGUGUUUCACUCUGCUUUACCUUCACUAUACUGUUAUCAUGUCCUAGUGUUUCACUCUUCCUUCACUAUACUGUUAUCAUGUCCUAGUGUUUCACUCUGCUUUACCUUCACUAUACUGUUAUCAUGUCCUAGUGUUUCACUCUGCCUUCACUAUACUGUUAUCAUGUCCUAGUGUUUCACUCUGCCUUCACUAUACUGUUAUCAUGUCCUAGUGUUUCACUCUGCCUUCACUAUACUGUUAUCAUGUCCUAGUGUUUCACUAUGCUUUAUCUUCACUAUACUGUUAUCAUGUCCUAGUGUUUCACUCUGCCUUCACUAUACUGUUAUCAUGUCCUAGUGUUUCACUAUGCUUUACCUUCACUAUACUGUUAUCAUGUCCUAGUGUUUCACUCUGCCUUCACUAUACUGUUAUCAUGUCCUAGUGUUUCACUCUGCUUUACCUUCACUAUACUGUUAUCAUGUCCUAGUGUUUCACUCUGCCUUCACUAUACUGUUAUCAUGUCCUAGUGUUUCACUCUGCCUUCACUAUACUGUUAUCAUGUCCUAGUGUUUCACUAUGCUUUACCUUCACUAUACUGUUAUCAUGUCCUAGUGUUUCACUCUGCCUUCACUAUACUGUUAUCAUGUCCUAGUGUUUCACUCUGCCUUCACUAUACUGUUAUCAUGUCCUAGUGUUUCACUCUGCCUUCACUAUACUGUUACUGUCCUAGUGUUUCACAGCAUACCUAACUACUUCUUCACCAUAGUCAAUAGCCUUCUCAUCAUUGGCUGUUCUCAUCAUGAGAUGUUGUUUUAAACACACUAUACAUGUUCUAGUUUUACAUGAGGUUUCUGAUUCAGAAAGGAAAGGUACUGUUGAAAUGUUCUGGGCCCAAAAACACCCUACGGCUUUAGUUCAUGGUUAGAACCAUAGGAUGCUUUUGGUAAACCGGGCCCCUUAUCAUUAUCCUUAACUGUCCAGCUCUCCCACCUCUGCUACUAGAAUGUGGCUGACUUCCUGCUUAUUGCCUGAUUGUUUCCUGAAGCCAGUGAAACCUAGCUAGUGUUGCGGUAGAUAUGCAAUCCUGUCUAGACAAAAUAGGCACAAUCUCUUAACUAAUCUUGUUCUGAAUGUGAUGAUGAAACAGAAGUCUCUUCUUGUACAUAGUUAAUUCAGCGCAUUGAAACUGAGGCUUGGAAUAAUACAACAUUUAAAAACAUAAUUUAUCAAUAAAAUUAACAAAUGUGACUUGU